CUCGAAGCGGUAAGAUUACCAUAGUAGAGAUAUAAGGGUGGUUAAGAUAUAACAAUAUUAACGCUCAUGAAACAACUGUAAUUAAUUCUUCUAAAAAAAAGGAAUUAUAUUAUAAUUGGCAUAGAUUUUUAAUAUACAAGAAAGUUAUCGCAGAUACUUAAAAAAAUUGAUAUGACGUUUCUAAGACUGCUACUUUAUGGCGUUGUCAUAUUUAUCACCGCAACAGCACUUUCUGCCGAUGAAAAUAGAGAAGAUAUCAUCGAUAAAUCGAUUACAAACAAAAUCAAAGACUAUACGGAUUAUGUAAAAUCAAAGGAUUACGACGUCAAGCUAAUACCAUAUUUCAAAGAAGACAAAGAAAGAGAUGACAUAUACAUAACGUUCAAAACAGAUAUAGAAGAGUAUCAAGCAAACGAUAGAUUUGUCUUCUACGGCGAAAUUACUGCCAUUAUUCAUAUCUUCCAACCAACUACAAAACUAAGAUUAAGUUCAUCGAAUUCAAUUCGCCUUUUAUCUGGAGAGUUGACUCAAAAAAGUGCUGUUAAUAUUAGGCCAGAAGACUAUUAUCAUUAUUUAGCGGAGAAAAUUGAAUAUAAUAAUAUAACGCAAACUUGCGAUCUUCAUUUCAAAGAAGAAUUAUCACGUGGAAAUUAUACAGCUAAUAUAAAAUUUCUUAAUGCAAUUAAUAUCUCAGGAGAAAAUAAUAUUUUUUUAAAAACAACAUAUAUAAAUAAAUCAGAAAAUGUAAUAUCAUGGGACAAAACACAUUUCCCGAUGGUUGAGGUUCAACGAUUGUUCCCAUGUUGGGACAAUCCGACAGUAAGAUCCACUUUCAACGUUUCCAUAAAACAUUACUGCAGUUAUUCAGUUUUCUCAAAUAUGCCGAUAAAGGAAAUACUCAAAUACAAAUUAAAUAAUACAGAAAUAUGUAUGCAAUGGACGUACUUCGACACUACUCCUUCUAUACCUGCUCAUCUCGUGAUGGUUAUGAUUUCAUCAAUGCAUUUCUUUCCCAAUUAUGGCAAAGAUAAUAUCUAUAUCUGGCGCAAUCCAUAUUCAGACGAUAUACAAUUUGCGGAAAGAGUUUCAAACAAAGUCAUAAUGAAGUUGAAAUUUGAAUGGUUUAAGUCUCUUAAGAAGUUGAAGGUAAAGAUUCCGAACCUGCAACUUGUCGCAAUUCCAGGUUUUCGAAAUGAUAUUAAUAUGAACUUCGGUUUCGUUGCAAUAAGAGAAACAAGUAUUAUUUACGAUGAAAAUCUACAUUCUGUUGCGCAUAAAAUAGAAGCAGCAAGGUUGAUAGCGCGUGGAAUAACAUAUCAAUGGUUCGGUAAUUUAAUUAAUCAACCUUGGAUGUCUGAUUUGUGGUUAAGCGAUGGUCUUACUACAUUGUUCGAAAUGGAAGCUGUGAAUGCCAUCAAUGCUCUCGAGCAUUACACAAAUUCGGAGAUAUUAGAUUUACUCAUAGUUCAGUUUCAAUAUGAAUCUCUCCAAUUGGAUGAUUAUAAUUUUACGCAGGCUCUUACAUCAGAAAUCAGUUAUCCUGAAAUAAAUUCGCUUUUCUCUUAUUCCCGUUACAUUAAAGCACCUUUAAUCUUGCGCAUGUUGCAAUAUUUGGUUACUAAGGAAGUGUUUUGGAAGAGUGUCCACCGAUAUUUAAAUAUGCAACAGUUGAGCAUCGUCUUGUCAACACUCGACGUUGGUUCUAGAAGUAAGAACCAAUCGAUUGCUACUCAACGGUUGUGUCUCCUGAACACACCCAAUAUAUAUUAAAAGAGAGACAGAGAGAGUUAGAUUCUAU